CAGCUGGAGAUGAUCUCCAUGGAGAACCCGUCUGACCUGAAGAAGCAGCUGUUUGUUGAGUUUGAGGGGGAACAAGGUGUAGACGAGGGAGGCGUUUCAAAGGAGUUCUUCCAGCUGGUCCUGGAGGAAAUUUUCAAUCCCGACAUCGGAAUGUUCAGCUACGACGACGACACUAAACUGUUUUGGUUUAACUCAUCCUCGCUGGAGAAUGAAGCACAGUACACUCUCGUCGGACUCGUCCUCGGGCUCGCCAUUUACAACAACUGCAUCCUGGACGUGCAUUUCCCCAUGGUCGUCUACAGGAAACUCAUGGGCAAGAAGGGGAGCUUUUUGGACCUGUCGGACUCACAUCCAGUUCUCUACCAGAGUCUGAAGGAGCUGCUCGAGUACAGCGGCAACGUGGAGGAAGACAUGACGCUCACCUUCCAGAUAUCACACACAGAUCUUUUUGGAAACCCAAUUUUAUACGACCUAAAGGAGCAGGGAGACCAAAUUCCUGUCACCAAGGACAACAGACAGGAGUUUGUGGACACGUACGCUGACUACAUCCUGAACAAAAGCGUAGAGAGACAAUUCAAAGCCUUCAAGAAAGGUUUCCAAAUGGUCACAAAUGAGUCUCCGCUGAAGUAUUUGUUCAGACCUGAGGAAGUAGAGCUGCUUAUCUGUGGAAGCAGGAAACUUGACUUUGAAGCACUUGAAAAGACGACGGAGUACGAUGGAGGUUAUAGCAAAGACAGCCAAAUCAUCAAGUAA